AUGUCUAAUUCUCACCAGGAGAGCGCUUCGUUUGACCUUCCUCCCCCUCAGGCUCCCGAAGUUAUUAAUAGACCUCUGCCUAAUCUCCCCUCUAUACAGGCACCAUUAUAUUCAACCAUAUCUGAUUCUUACGAAGAAAAAAACAUCUCAAUUGAGAUCCUCCCUUCCCAGCAGUCUCUUGGAGAAGUACAGAAUAUUCAUCCUCUUCCUCCUGCACAGAACGAUCGUCCUCUUCCUCCUCUUCCUGAUAAUCCCCCGCUGGUCAAUGUAGUCCAAGACAUAAAUCGCAAAAUGUUCCCAUUUGAAACAGAGUUUACUCAUGGUGAUAAAAAAUCCCAAUUCACAUCUUGCAUCUACGGCAUAUCUCAGGUGUCUCUCUCACUGAUUAUUUUUUUGGCGGCUGAAGCGAUAGUUUUUUCUAAAAGUCUUGAUUACGCUAAUGAUCAGCUUGGUCCUUUCAAAGCAAAAAUGAACAAUCCACUGAUUCCUUGGUCUAUCGUCGCCGUUGUCGCUGCUAUAGGUGUUGCAUUUGGAGCCUGGUGA